UUAAUUGCCUCAUCACUCACUCAUCAAUCAAUCUCCGCCCAAAUUUCACGCCAUAAAUUCCAUCCCAUUUCUCGUUUUCAGGUAGAUCUUCCUCCAUUGGAGCUCCCAGCUGCGUGCGCCAAUAAACGAUGAAGGUUUCCGUCGUCACUCGCAGCGGCCGCGAGCUCAUCAAGGGAGGCCUUGAGCUCACUGAUUCCCCUACUGUGGCUGAUCUGCAGGAGGCCAUUCACAAGAAGACCAAAAAAUACUACCCGUCCAGGCAGCGGUUGACCCUCCCUGUCCCGUCUGGGUCAAAGGAGAGGCCUACCGUCCUUAACUACAAAAAGAGCCUGAAGGAAUACACCGAGGGGAAUGAGUUAACUGUUGUUUUCAAGGAUCUCGGCACACAAGUUAAUUAUAGCACUCUUUUCUUCUUUGAGUACUUGGGUCCUCUGGUUCUCUAUCCAAUCUUUUAUUACUUCCCUGCUGUAUACAAGAUCUUCGGAUACAAAGGGGAGCGCAUCAUUCACCCGGUUCAGACAUAUGCCAUGUAUUAUUGGUGCUUCCACUACUUCAAACGUAUCAUGGAGACUUUCUUCGUGCACCGUUUCAGCCAUGCAACGUCGCCACUCUCGAAUGUCUUCCGGAACUGCGCUUAUUACUGGACUUUCGGUGCUUGGAUCGCGUAUUAUGUGAACCACCCGCUCUACACGCCUGUGAAUGACCUCCAGAUGAAAAUUGGCUUUGCUUUUGGGGCGCUUUGCCAGGUUUCCAACUUCUAUUGCCACAUUUUGUUGAGAAAUCUUCGGAAAUCUGAUGGAGGCGGCUACCAAAUCCCGCGUGGAUUCCUCUUCAACAUUGUGACUUGUGCAAACUACACAACUGAGAUCUAUCAGUGGCUGGGCUUCAAUAUUGCGACACAAACUGUAGCAGGUAUCGUUUUCAUGGUGGUAGCGGCUGCCAUAAUGACAAACUGGGCCCUUGCCAAGCACCGUCGUCUAAAGAAGCUGUUUGAUGGGAAAGAUGGACGGCCUAAAUAUCCCCGGAGAUGGGUGAUACUGCCCCCGUUCCUGUAGAAGCGACAGCCCUCGGGUUUACUUCUUAUCUAGCAAAACGAUCUACGAUGUUGCCUGUUGAAGCUAGCAGAUUCUUGUAGCCACGAGUUUUCAUUUAUGUAGAAGAUGGAUUUGUUAUUCUAUCAUUUUCUGCUACUCUGCUAUAGCUUGUUGUGCCCCUUUAUUCCUAAAAAACUAGAGGAAAAAACAAUGAUCUAGAUAUCUUUCUUUUAAUGGUAUUGUCUACUUUUUGUUC